AUGUUAAUACUUUUCUUAGUUUAUGUUUAAGCGUAAUUUACAUCAAAAUUGCACUUCCAUUACCCAAAUGCUGAUGAAUCAAUUGCACAAUUCACAAUCACUAAUAAGCAUUAAAUUGAUUUCACUUAAAUCUCAUAACCAUUUUACUUAUUUCCUAGAUCAUAUUUGGAAAAUUUGCAUGUAGAUGGCAAAGUCAGAGAAUUAUAUAUCAGCUCCACACAAGGUAUGAUGCCUGAACUUAAUGCCCCCUAACAUGGUGUGCUUAUUAUAACGAACGAAGAUGCUGAUUAAUUAAUUGCUAUUAAUCAAGUAUCUGAAAUUUUUAGAAUUGCAAAAUACAAUAUGAUCUAUGAUCAGGCUUAUUAUUAUAAAUUCAAUGGAGAUUAGUCACAACUCUCCUUUAUGGGAUUUGAUGAUGACACAAUCUAAGUAGGCAAAGUACUUUUGGCACAUGAUCCCACUGAUAACAUUUGCAUUGAUGGAAUAGAAUUUAUUCUACAAUAUUUUGGAUGUAAUGGUAAGAAAGGAAUAGCUUAGAUUAUUGAUCCUAAUACAAUAUUUAGAUCAACCUAUUUAUCUCUCUAAGCCAAAUUUGAAUAUGAUAUAUCCACCAAAACAGCUACUUAAAAAAUUGUACUCCUCAUCAAGUACGAUACUUAAUCCUUGUCUAAGAUUUUUAAUCUAGAUCCCAAUCUGACUUAUCAUUCCUGUCCUGAAUUUGAUUCUGAAAUAAUUUAACAUUCUACAAGAGCGAUAACAUAUAACUUAAAAUCAGCCAAACAAUUCAGAUUGGGACAGUUAAGCAAAAUAUAAGAUGAUACUAAUAUGAUUAAAUACUAACCUAAGAUAACUACUAGAAAGUUCUGUGCUGGACCUUGGUUUGCCUUUGAUUCCUAUAUCCAUCAAUAAGUGACUGCCUAUGAGGAUGGGGUUGCUACCAUUUUGCUUUAUUUUCCACAUGAAUUUACUCCAAUUUAUCAUACCUUAGAAACAAGUAAAGUAAGUUAAAACUAAUUUUUUUGGGAAGGUGAGACAAAAAAAAUUAUUAUUACCGCAAAUUUGAAUUAAAAUGAGACCUUUUUAGUUAAAAUUAAGUUUAGCAAAAAAUUGAAAAGCUUUGAAGAAUACCCUCAUGAUCCUGAAAGAGGAUAGGACAUUAUUACCUCUCCAGUAAUUUUCAAUGGGGAAUUAUACUUGACUUCGCAUUAGGUUACAAGAUAGCCGUAUCCAGACUUUUCUAUGCCUUUCAACAUUCUAACAUUUUCAUCACUUGCUAUGGGAUACUUUUUCUUGUAGAUUUUAGGUAUGGCAGUCGAUAAAUUCAUUCUUAAUAAGCCAGAAAAGGGAUCGUUGGCUUAGAGAUUGUUAAGAAAAAUCUUUUCAUUAGUAUCAUUUUGA